AUUUGGAUUAGUAGUUAGUUGUGUGUAUAUUCGUCUUCUUAAACACCAUUUAAGAUCACAAAGUGUGAAGUAUUACAAAUCAUCUAAACUCUUCAAUACCUCUUUCUUCCUUAACUUAACUUCUCUCUCCUGUAAACUGGGUUGAAAAUCCCCUAAUUCCUGAUUCCUUCUCUGCCGAAGUAUCUUCGCUCCAUUUCUCCAAUCCUCUAAGCUAUUCCUUCUUUCGGUGUAUCCGAGGAGUGUAUGAAGCUGCAUUGAGUACUUUUAAUUGAGAAGUGAUGCCUUCUCUUCAGCUUUUGCAAUUAACGGAGCAUGGUCGUAGUUUUCUUCCUUCAAGAAGGAAAUCUUUGCUACUGGCUUCUGGCAUCUUAGUAGCAGGUGGGGCUGCUGCAUAUAUGCAAUCAAGAUUUAGCCAUAAGCAGCGUGGUUCUUUUGGGAAUUUCAACGGGUCUUGUAGUUCAACCGAGGUUUCUGAAAAUGACAAUCCGAAUCCUACUGUAUAUAAUGGAAAGAGACAAAAGAAAACUCCAUUGAGAUCUCUUCAAGUCUUAGCGGCCAUUCUUCUAUCACAAAUCGGUAGGAGGGGUACCCGUGACCUAUUAGCUUUAGUGUCUGUUGUGAUGUUGAGGACUGUCGUAAGCAAUAGACUAGCAAAAGUGCAAGGUUUUUUGUUUCGAGCGGCUUUUCUUCGUCGUGUACCAUCUUUUUUGAGAUUGAUAAUUGAAAAUUUUCUUUUAUGUUUUCUUCUAUCAACCUUGCAUUCAACAUCAAAAUACAUAACUGGGAAGCUAAGCUUGCAGUUCAGAAAAAUAUUGACAAAGCUUAUCCAUACGCAUUAUUUUGAGAAUAUGGCAUACUACAAAAUAUCCCAUGUCGAUGGCCGGGUAACUAAUCCAGAACAAAGGAUUGCUAGUGAUGUUCCAAAGUUCUGUUCCGAAUUAAGUGACCUUGUACAGGAGGAUCUUACUGCAGUUACUGAUGGGAUACUGUAUACUUGGCGCCUCUGUUCGUAUGCCAGUCCAAAAUAUAUUUUAUGGAUAUUGGCUUACGUGUUAGGGGCUGGAACAAUGAUUAGAAAUUUUUCUCCUGCAUUUGGAAAGUUAAUGUCUAAAGAACAACAACUAGAAGGGGAAUAUAGACAACUUCACUCUCGAUUGAGGACACAUUCAGAAAGCAUAGCUUUUUAUGGGGGAGAAGCUAGAGAAGAGUUUCAUCUUAAACAAAAGUUUAAGACAUUAGUAAAGCAUUUGGGAGUUGUCCUUCAUGAUCAUUGGUGGUUUGGGAUGAUCCAAGACUUUUUGCUGAAGUAUCUUGGUGCCACUAUAGCUGUGGUUUUGAUAAUCGAACCUUUUUUUUCGGGAAACUUAAGGCCUGAUAACUCAACACUAGGACGUGCUGAGAUGUUAAGCAAUAUUAGAUAUCAUACAAGUGUUAUUGUUUCACUUUUUCAGUCUUUGGGUACGCUGUCUAUCAGCUCAAGACGACUGAAUCGUCUCAGUGGUUAUGCUGAUCGUAUUCAUGAGUUGAUUGCUGUAUCUCGAGAGCUUGGUUUUCGAGAUGGCUCUUCUUCACAGAGGAAUGGAAGUAAAAACUGUUUUAUUGAGGCCAAAUACAUUGAAUUUUCUGGCGUUAAGGUUGUUACCCCAUCUAACAAUGUGCUAGUGAAAGACCUAACGCUCAAAGUUGAACCAGGAUCUAAUCUUUUGAUUACAGGUCCCAAUGGUAGUGGAAAAAGCUCACUUUUCCGGGUUUUAGGUGGGCUUUGGCCCCUAGUGGCUGGACAGAUAGCUAAGCCUGGAGUUGGUUCUGACCUCAAUAAAGAGAUUUUCUACGUGCCUCAACGACCAUACACAGCUGUGGGUACUCUUCGAGACCAGUUGAUUUAUCCUCUAACCGCUAAUCAAGAGAUCGAAUCUUUGACACAUGAUGGAAUGAUAGAGCUGUUAAAAAAUGUUGAUCUUGAGUAUCUGCUUGAUCGUUAUCCUCCGGAGACAGAGGUCAAUUGGGGUGAGGAACUUUCUCUGGGUGAGCAACAACGACUAGGAAUGGCAAGAUUGUUCUAUCAUAAGCCCAAGUUUGCAAUUCUUGAUGAGUGUACCAGUGCUGUGACAACUGAUAUGGAAGAGCGUUUUUGUGCUAAAGUCCGGGCUAUGGGAACUUCCUGCAUCACUAUAUCUCAUCGUCCCGCUUUAGUUGCAUUUCAUGACGUAGUGUUGUCCUUGGAUGGUGAAGGAGGAUGGAGUCUUCACUACAAAAGUGAUGAUGAGUUGGCUGAUGAUGAGAAUGCAAAGAAUGUAGCUAAGCCUUUAGAGUCUAACCGCCAAAAUGAUGCAAUGACUGUACAACAAGCAUUUGCAACUGUUAAGAAGAGCUCUACGUUCUCUAGAUCAAGCUCUGAAUCAUACAUCUCAGAGAUAGUGAGAGCAUCACCUACUUCAGAUCGAGCUGUAACUUUACCCCGUGUUCCACAACUUCAAAUAACUCCAAGGACAAUGCCUUUGAGAGUUGCAAAGAUGUUAAGGAUUUUGGUACCUACUGUGCUUGAUAAGCAGGGAGCACAAUUACUUGCUGUUGUAUUCUUGAUUUUCUCUCGAACAUGGGUUUCAGAUCGUAUUGCGUCUUUGAAUGGGACAACUGUAAAGUUUGUGCUGGAGCAGGAUAAGGCAUCCUUUAUCCGUCUUAUAGGGGUUAGCGUUCUUCAAAGUGGUGCUUCUUCUUUCAUCGCUCCUUCUAUAAGGCACUUGACUGCUAGGUUAGCACUUGGAUGGAGAAUUCGUUUGACUCAACAUUUACUCAAAAAUUACUUGAGAAAAAAUGCUUUCUACAAGGUUUUUCACAUGUCAAACAAGAGCAUAGAUGCUGAUCAGAGACUAACUCACGAUUUAGAAAAGUUAACUACAGAUUUAUCAGGGCUGGUUACUGGAAUGGUGAAGCCGACUGUGGACAUCCUGUGGUUCACUUGGAGAAUGAAGCUAUUAACCGGUCGAAGAGGUGUUGCCAUCUUAUAUACAUAUAUGUUGCUUGGACUUGGAUUUUUGAGGAGUGUCACUCCUGAGUUUGGUGAUCUUGCAAGUCAACAACAAACACUUGAGGGAACUUUCAGGUUUAUGCAUGAGAGGUUGCGCACUCAUGCCGAAUCUGUUGCUUUCUUUGGAGGCGGUGCACGGGAAAAGGCGAUGGUUGAAGCAAAAUUUGAGAAACUCCUAAACCACUCAUUGUUUCUUGUAAAGAAGAAGUGGCUAUAUGGUAUACUCGACGAUUUUGUCACCAAGCAGCUCCCGCAUAAUGUCACAUGGGGACUGAGCUUAUUAUAUGCCAUGGAACAUAAGGGAGACCGGUCUUUGACUUCCACUCAAGGUGAUCUUGCUCAUGCAUUACGCUUCUUGGCAUCAGUUGUCUCACAAAGCUUUUUAGCUUUUGGUGACAUUCUUGAGCUGCAUAAGAAAUUCAUUGAGCUUUCUGGUGGUAUCAAUCGGAUUCUUGAACUGGAAGAGUUCUUAGAUGCUGCUCAAUCCGAUCACUUUUCUCAAAAUUCUUUGGCUUUUGAAGGAAAUAACACUCUCUCCGAAGACUCUAUUUGCUUUUCUGAUGUUGACAUAAUCACUCCGUCCCAGAAAUUGUUGGCAAGACGAUUGACAUGUGAAAUUGUACCAGGAAAAAGUCUUCUUGUUACUGGUCCAAAUGGAAGUGGAAAAAGUUCGGUGUUCAGAGUCCUUCGGGGUAUUUGGCCUAUUGUUAGUGGAAGACUUAUCAAACCAAGGCAACAUUAUGAAAAAAGAACUGAAUACGAUUGUGGUAUUUUUGUUGUUCCACAACGACCAUAUACAUGUCUGGGAACCCUGAGGGAUCAGGUUAUAUAUCCUUUGUCACUUGAGGAAGCGCAGUUAAGUGUAAUACGAAGAGAUGGAGGUCAUCAUACUUGCACUUCCUCAGAUUUAUUGGAUAUGCAAGUGAAGACCAUACUAGAAAAUGUUAAGCUGGUUUAUCUCUUAGAGAGGGAAGGUGGAUUGGGCGCUACUCUAAACUGGGAAGAUGUGCUCUCUCUAGGAGAACAGCAGAGGAUAGGGAUGGCACGGUUAUUCUUUCACAAGCCUAAAUUUGCCGUCCUUGAUGAGUGCACCAAUGCCACAAGCAUUGAUGUGGAGGAGCACCUGUAUAUGGUCGCUAAUGAACUAGGCAUAACAGCUAUCACUUCAUCCCAGCGUCCUGCUUUGAUUCGGUUCCACGCAUUGGAAUUACGAUUGAUAGAUGGAGAGGGUAGCUGGGAGCUUCGCAAAAUUAAUCAAUGACGCAGCAGUUGAGAUACAAAGGUUGAUGCACGCAGAUCAAUAAUACAGAAAAAUAAUUGGUAUAUUUCAUAUUUUAGGGAGUAGCUGUGCUCUGAGCAUUAUUUUGGCCCGGAAGUGUGAACCUCGCCCUCGAAACAUAAGGGUAGAAACUGCUCGUGGGGAACCAGAAUCAAUAAGACUGUGUACAUAAAGAAAUGCAAACACAUGUAAUACAUAGGCUUAUAUUCAUGUACAGGCUAUGAAACAAUCCAAGUUGAUUUUUCUUUCUUGUAUGACGAAACUAUAUAAUCAGUUUACCUACCCGUUCUUAGUCGAAGCAACCAACAGAUCACUCAUGUGUAGUGUAAUAGUGUUGUUAAAGCAUUUUCUAGGAGCAUCUUCUUGUUAUGCUCGAUGCUCGGCAGUAGUCAAAACUUUUUAAAGAUUAUUCCAAUUAUGUCUACACAGCGUUAUUAUCGUUUAGGAACAUACAGAUGCUGCAUAGAGUUCAAGGAGUUUUGUUUCCUGUAUUGCACUACUUUUGACAUUGUCGUAAAUCUAUGAGAUUUCAUAGCCUCGAUAUUUUAUCAUGUACUAGUAUAUGUUCCCGUGUAAUGCACAAAUGUAAUAGUUUGUUAAUUUUUAUUUGAAGUAGUAUGAACCCGUGUAAUGCACAAGCAAAAAGUCAAUACUCUUGAAUAGUUGAGGUAUUUAAACUUGACAGCCAUAAUUAUGCACCAAUAUCAUUUGUUUAAGUCAUAAAAUAUCACCGUCUUUAGUGUUUGGAAUCUACGUCUCCCCGGACACAGCCCCCAAUAUAA